CUCAACAUCAACAGAGCAAAACUGCGAAUUUUAUAUUGAAAACAUCAAAUCAACUUGGUCCGAUUAAGAUAAAGCAGCUUAAAUAGACACAAAAUGUCUUCCCAGGACUCCGAAUCCGAAAGUUCGCCUACACCGUAUUAUGGCAGCUUUAACUCAGGAUCUCAAUACGAUGCAAAGUCAAGUUCAAGCGAUGAAGAUGCAUCAAGCGACAGCGAACAACCGGAAAAACGGAGAGCCAGUUUGGGCGACAAUGAUCUGUACCGGAAGAAAGCUAAAUUUAGCGAUUCCGUGCCAACAUAUUCCGCUGCAGGAUCGGAAAAUGCUAUUUAUUCCGAACAAUCCCGAAGAAUGAUGGAUCGAAUGAACUACGAUAAAAACAAAGGUCUCGGAAAAAGUGGCCAAGGUCGUCUAGAUAUCGUCGAAAUUGCAUCUCAGAAAGGCCGCAGAGGAUUGGGCCUUAAGCUCGAAGGAUUAGACAUGGCCGCCGCUACAUGGAAUGCGUCCAUGGAAACUUUGAGUAUGCCAGAGAAGGUCAUCUGGUUGGAGAACAAUGACGAAGAUGACCUAGCCGAUCUUAGCGGAGAUCUAUUAGAGGCCUGGAUUAAAUAUGGCCCAGUAAAAGAAACUAUCGAUGAUGAAGAUCGAUUUUGUCGAAAAUUAGUCUUGGAGAAAGUACUCGAAUGCAAGUCGGCUUUCGACAAUCUCGGUGGCACAGAUAUGAGGAAGGCUCGUGCCAGGUCAAACCCAUUCGAGACCAUCAAGUCCAACAUUUUCAUGAAUAGGGCGGCUGUCAAAAUGGCCAAUAUGGACGCUAUGUUUGACUAUAUGUUUACAAACCCCGUGGAUGAAACAGGCAAUUCGAUGGUGAAGGACGAUGACCUGAUAUAUUUUGCCGAUGUUUGUGCAGGUCCUGGAGGGUUUUCGGAGUACUUCCUGUGGCGUAAGAAAUGGCAAGCGAAGGGUUUCGGUUUCACGCUCAAAGGAGAGAACGAUUUUAAAUUAUCGGAUUUUAUUGCUGGGACUCCGGAGACCUUUGAUCCCUACUACGGACCGAAAGAUGACGGUGAUGUAUUUGAACCGGUUAACAUCGAGGGUUUUACAAACUAUGUGAUGAAGCAGACGGAAUCUGGUGUACAUGUAAUGAUGGCAGACGGUGGAUUUUCGGUAGAAAAUCGUGAAAACAUUCAAGAAAUUUUAUCAAAACGAUUGUACUUAUGCCAGAUCCUCAUGGCGCUUAACGUGGUACGUACUGGAGGACAUUUUGUUGUGAAGCUGUUCGACCUGUUUACACCCUUUAGCGUUGGACUGAUAUAUUUGGUUUACAAAUGUUUUAAAAAAAUUUGUAUCUGUAAACCUAAUACUAGCCGCCCGGCUAAUUCAGAAAGAUACUUGGUAUGCAAAUGGAAAAAGGCUGGAACUGAUACAAUUCAGCGACACCUUUUCCAAGUGAACAAGCUUCUGGCCAACAAGAAAGAUAACAUUGACAUUCUGGAAUUGGUUCCCCACGACGAGCUGGUCGGCAACGAUACAUUUUUUCAGUACAUUUGUGACAGCAACAACGAGAUAGGUGAAUAUCAGAUAAUAGGGCUGUUGAAAAUAGCUGCCUUUUGUGCAGACCCAACGUUAAAUGAAUCCAAGCAGGCCGAAAUCAAGCGGAAAUGUCUAGAGCUUUGGAAGUUGGAAGACAUUCUCCGGAAGGUACCGUCAAAAUCAGCUCUGGAUCAGUACGUUGGAGAACUCCUAAAGGAAUGGGAUGGUGAGAAAAGGUUUCUAGGAGCGCAUGAAAUGAAAUUGCAAACAUCAUCUAUAGAAAAGUACUUCCCGUCGGUACACGGUUGGUAUUUUGCACCGCUAGAGAACAACAACGAUUGGAACAAGUAUAUUCGUACGUUUUUUCUGGGAAAAGGUGGCAAGGAAGUAUUAUAUUAUAAUACUAAAAUCGGGUCAUGGCAACCAUUGAAAGACAUGCAAUUGGAACUAGCUCCAUCGACGUUGGUGUACGGCGAGAUUGUUACGGAAUUGCAAGGGCAAGGAAACUCGCAGGUAACUAUUUAUGCAUUUCACAUAAUAGACGGAAUCACACUUGGUGGCGUGGACAUCCGGAAAAAUUCUCUACAGGAGCGAAUAAAAAUGUGUGAAAAGUAUGCAAAAGCCUUGAACAAACCGUACAGGAUUAUUAACAAAGCGGAUGCACCUUGCGUUUCGUCGAUGCCAAUUCGGUGUAAGAAAUUGUUCCCUCUUUCCGAGAGUGACCGGUUCUUUGACCGAUUAGAGAGCUAUAAACUCAAGGGAGGCCGGAAGUCUCGCCUGGGAUAUCACUUACGCAAUACCGUUGAUCCGGACCGAUUUUACGUCCCAAGGGGGCUGCUGUUUCUCAACGAAAUACGCGAUGAUUACUUGAAAAUGUUUUCAAAAACACAAAACAAAUUCUAUUAUUUUAACAAGCGAACAAAGUCAUCCUCGUUCCCGGAACAAAUGCCCUGUAUCGACGAAACAAAAGCUUCGCUUAAGAACACUUUCACGCACCGAAUUAUAUGGGAAUGGAGCGACGAGAGACAAGUCUCCGACGACGAAAAAGUUCCGGGGGAACCUGAUCUUGCAUGCCGAGUAGAUAUCAAGGAAUUCUUACUACGUAAAAACAACCAUUGACCAUUACGGCAAUUUCUUCGAUAUUCCUCUUCCCAUUCAGGUCGGUAAACCAGUUCAGAUUGUCGGCAAUGAUGUGAUGGAUGCUGCAACCUUCACAUGUG